UGUCCGGCUUCUAGUCUGGAUCCUUGCCAGAUGGGGAGGGAGUAGUUCCUGGAGCUUUCUUGGAGGGAUUUUGGGGGGAUAGAAGGGCAGAGAGAGAUUUAAGAAUUGAUAGGUGGUCGAGUUGUGUUUGGCCGGGUGGAUAUGCGCAAGCAAAGUCGAGGAGCUUUAUUUCCCCUCUCUUAUGGGAUUAUUGCCAGCGAUGGACAGAGAGAGGAGGGAGGAACAGCGGCUGGUGUUUCUUGAUUUUUACGGCUAUAAACGCGCAGCGCAUCGCAAAGGGACUCUGACAUUUUAAUCAUCGCAUUAGGGAACCUUGAAUAGCAUUUGAAAUAAAGGAAAGGUUAGUUUCCCCCACAGUGAGCGGAACCAAACAGAGGCGCAACCAUGACGACCGAGAGCUCUAAGCAACAUUUGGAUCCACCAAAUCCUCUGCGCACCAGUCCAGCUCUGAAUGCAGGUCUGCUGAGCGCACAGCCAGUGAUGGAGAGCGCGCAGAACGCGCCAACCAAAUGGAAAAAGGGAAGCUCUGGCUUGAGGCGCCCUGAAAAGCCUCCCUAUUCAUAUAUCGCCCUGAUUGUGAUGGCAAUUCAAAGUUCCCCGAGCAAACGUCUCACUUUGAGUGAAAUCUAUCAGUUCCUGCAGGCCCGCUUCCCUUUCUUCAGGGGAUCAUACCAAGGAUGGAAAAACUCCGUCAGACACAACCUGUCUCUGAACGAGUGUUUUAUAAAGCUGCCCAAGGGUCUCGGUAGACCUGGUAAGGGACACUACUGGACCAUCGACCCGAGUAGUGAGUUCAUGUUCGAGGAGGGCUCCUUUCGUCGUAGACCUCGGGGGUUCCGUAGGAAAUGCCAAGCUCUGAAACCAAUGUACAGGAUGAUGAAUGGUAUCGGGUUCGGUUCCAUGCUGCCGCAAAACUUUGAUUUUCAAUCACCUUCAGGCUCAUUGGCGUGUCAUAACAGCUACAACAUAGACUUCAUGGGUAAUACAGUUCCAGGUGGCUUUGAGGGCCUCGGAGGUGGACAUCACGUCCCACAUAUGUCAUCAGGCUCCGGCUCAUCCUACAUGGCCGCAUGUCAGGUGGCCUCUAAUGUGGACUAUUGCCCGGACAGCAGCAACAGCCCCCUGCAGUCCCCCCCUGCGAUGGUAGGCACUUUGGACUGUCAGUCUCCUUAUGCAAAUGCAGCCUCACACUGGAAUUCACCCGGUGUGUCUUCAUACAUCAAACAGCAGUCGCUGGCAUCAAGCAGUCCCACUUCUUCUGCUUUGCACACGGGGAUGUCCUCUUACUCUCUGGAUCAAGGCUAUCUGCACCAUAAUGCACGAGAUUCUUCUGAGAUUUCAGUGGGACUGUCUCGAUAUUCCGGCCACUCAGCUCCUGUGUGUGACAGGAAGGACCUCGUUUUGAAUCUAAACGGAAUCUCUUCUCUUCAUCCCAGCACCGGAGGAUCUUACUAUCAUCAGCUCCAUCACCAUCACCAGAGCGUCUAUCAGGACGUGAAGCCGUGUGUCAUGUGACAAAAACACCAAAGACAGAGCUGAACUUUCCUCAGGUGGAGUCAUUUCAACAGUCUUUGGUGACUUUUUGCUCGUGUAUCCUCGGUGAACUAAGCAAUAUCAACAUUUUUACUGCAACAUUUCAUAAUGUACACGUACCUGAAUUUAUCAUAUUCCUUCACUUGAGUUGGUUUUUCCGAAGUUGCUGAAGUUGUCGCUUGAUUUCCUGCAGAAAACCAUUAAAAAGAUUUUCAAGGGAUAAUUUGAAAGUGUUUUAUGUCUAUAAUAAUAAAUAUUUCCCGUG